CCGUCUUGAUGUACACAUCAGAUGACUGGAAAGGUUAUUUUUAUUAAAAUAAAAUUUAAAUUAAUUUCAUAAAUGCCUGUAAAGUGCAUAUUUAGGCAAAACUAAGUUUGUGUAUGUAUUGUGAACCAGUAAAAGUAGAUCCUAUUCCUAGUCAUAAUGUUUUUUCUAUGUUUCAUGUUAAUGAUCGUGCUGCCCCUAUUUUUCAUAGGGAUUAUUCUGUUCGGUGCUUUUGUGAUCGUGCCGUGUGCAUUCAUAUUUGCAUCAUGGUACAUGCGUAUCAAGGAGCGUAAACUGCAACGGAGAAAGCGAGAUGGAACGAAUGUGGCCUUCUUCCAUCCGUACGCUAACGCUGGCGGAGGCGGAGAGAGAGUUCUGUGGGUGGCCAUCAAGGCGUUACUAGCCAGAUAUCCAGACACCAACAUCUUCAUAUACACAGUGGAGACAGCAGAGCCCCAGACGAUAUUGGACAAAGCCCAGAACCAGUUCAACGUGAAAGUUGAGCCAGAAAAGAUCACAUUCAUCCGGUUGUCCAUGAAGAAAGUCAUCGAAGCGAAGUCCUACCCGUACUUCACGCUUAUCUUGCAGAGCCUGGGCUCAAUGAUACUGGGGAUGGAAGCAUUUAUGAAGCUGAAUCCAGACGUGUACAUAGACACCACCGGUUUCGCGUUCACGUACCCCAUAUUCCGGUACCUGGCGCAAUGCCCCGUGGGCUGUUACACCCACUACCCCACCAUCACGGCGGCAAUGACGCGCCGUGUCAAACACCGCAUCGUGGCGCAUAAUAACUCGUCCGUGAUCGCUCGGAACCCCGUGUUCACUUGGCUGAAGGUGCUUUACUACAAGCUGUUCGGGUGGCUAUACGGCUGGAUGGGGCGCUGCGCGGACGUGGUUAUGGUCAACGGCACGUGGACGGAGGACCACGUCAACGACCUCUGGAACAUUCCCUUCAGCACCUACAGGGUGUAUCCGCCGUGCGAGGUGACAGAGCUGAAGCAGCUCCGAUCGCUCGUCAAAGACUCGGAUCCGAUCCGAAUCCUGUCCGUGGGCCAGUUCCGGCCGGAGAAAGACCACCCGCUGAUGCUGCAGGCCAUGUAUGAGCUACGGAAUCUGCUGGUCAAGAACGAGAUGCUGUGGAAUAAGAUCAAACUGGUCCUCGUAGGCGGCUGCAGGAACGCGGAAGACGAGGAGCGCGUGCAGAACCUGAAGGACCUCGCCAAGCACCUCGCGCUCGAGGACAACGUACAGUUCGUCGUCAACGCGCCCUACGCGCGCCUGCUGCAGCUCUACCAGACCAGCAGUAUUGCGCUGCAUGCCAUGUGGAACGAGCACUUCGGCAUCAGCGUAGUGGAGUGCAUGGCGGCAGGCCUUGUUACCAUCGCGCACCGCUCAGGCGGCCCUCUAGCGGACAUCAUUGAAACUUCUGCCGGCUCGCGAACAGGCUUCCUGGCCGCCGAGCCUGACGAAUACGCCAGGGCCAUAUUAGAGGUCAUCGCGCUGCCCUCGGAUGAGAGGAAGCGGAUUAUCGAGGCUGCUAGGGCUUCUGUGGACCGUUUCUCGACCAUGGAGUUCGAGAAGGCAUUUCUCCGCGCUGCGGAGCCCCUCAUGCGGAUAGACUAACUACUAGUAGUAGACUGUACAUUACGUUCCAUUAGCUAUAAGUAUUCUAAUAAUAAUUGUAAUUUAAAAGCAAUAUUAAGUUUUACCAAAGUUGC